UUGAUGCAGAAAACUUGUCUUGGGAAAUCAUUGGAAAAAAAUAAGUGACAACUCAAUUUUUUCUCAAUUUGAAAUAUGUUGUCAAAUCUGACACUAGUCAACUGUCACUUGGAACGCCUCACCCCUCAAUGGAGCAAGAAAAACUCAACAAACACUACCUGGAAUACGACAUCUUCCUCAAACGUGCGAAAAAAGACUUCGACAAUCGGUACAAAGUGGUGGAAUUCAAGCCGAACGCCGACCUCUCCGACUUCCAACUGAUCAAAACCCUCGGUGCUGGUUCUUUCGGACGCGUCGUCCUCGUCAAGCACAAGACAAAGGGCGAUAAACUCUACGCCAUGAAAUGCAUGGAUAAAUUCCACAUCGUCAAGAGCAAACAAGUCGCACAUACUAUGUACGAAAUCCGAGUUCUGGAUGCAGUCCGAUUUGAUUUCGUGAUAAAUCUUGAUUAUUUUUUCAAAGACAACGUCUAUUUGUUCAUUGUCAUGCCGUUCAUUAACGGGGGAGAGAUGUUUUCGCAUUUGAGAAACAUGAAGAAGUUUGACGAAACGUUGAGCAAGUUUUAUGCCGCGCAAGUCAUUCUGGCAUUUGAGUAUUUGCAUUUUUUGGGGAUGGUGUAUAGGGAUUUGAAACCGGAGAAUAUCUUGAUUGAUAAAGAUGGGUAUUUAAAAGUGACGGAUUUGGGGUUUGCGAAGAAGAUUGAUGAUCAAAGGACGUACACGCUAUGUGGAACUCCCGAAUACCUAGCACCUGAAAUCAUCCUCAGUCAAGGCUACAACAAAUCAGUUGAUUGGUGGGCAAUUGGUGUCUUGAUUUUCGAAAUGUCGGCUGGAUAUCCGCCAUUCUACGCCAAGGAUCCGAUGAAAAUAUACGAGAAAAUCGUCUCGGGAAAAUUCACCUGUCCUCAGCAUUUUUCCAAAGCGCUGCGAGACCUCGUGGCAAAUAUUUUGCAAGUUGACAGGACAAAAAGGUAUGGAAUUUUGAAAAACGGAAGCAAGGACGUGAAAGGUCACGAGUGGUUUAAAAGUGUAGAUUUCGACCAGAUUUUGCGUCGGAGAGUCAAGCCAUCAUUCAAACCCAAAGUGAGAGAUGCAGGAGACACUAGCAAUUUUGAUUAUUAUGAUGAGGAGCCAUUCAGGACCAGCUCCAAGGAGGAGUUCGCUGAGGAAUUUGCAGAAAUCAAAAUACCAACAAAAUAAAUAAUUCUUUUCAAA